AUGGGUCAAAAAAAAAUAUCUGUAAAUUUCGAGUAUCUUGGUGAAAAAUGGCUUUCCAAACUGGCACCAGACUCUGCCAAGGCUUAUACGAUAUUGCAGUGGGUUGUGACGGCUAUCGCGUUGUGUGUUAGAUUCAGAGAUUUGCAAUACCCUCGGGAAGUUGUCUUUGACGAAGUGCACUUUGGUAAGUUUGCCUCUUAUUACCUUGAAAGAACCUAUUUUUUUGACGUUCAUCCACCUUUCGGUAAGUUGCUCAUUGCUGCCGUGGGAUGGCUUGUUGGCUACAACGGAGAUUUCAAGUUCGAUGAUAUCGGACUCAGCUACGACGCGAAUCCAGCGCCAUUUGUCGCGUAUCGGGCCUUAAGUGCGAUUUUGGGGACUGCAGUAGUGCCUGUCGUUUUCAACACUUUGAAAGAACUCAAUUUCAAAGCUGUUACGUGCGCUUUGGGCGCAAUGCUUGUUGCUGUUGACACCGCACACGUAAUUGACUCUCGCCUGAUUCUUCUGGAUGCGACUUUGAUCCUGGCCGUUGGUCUCUCUGUCUACUGCUACGUUCGUUUUUACAAAGUUCAACUCAAAGCGCCUUUUUCCUCCGACUGGUAUUUUUGGUUAUAUGCCACGGGUGGAUCCCUGUCGCUCGUGAUAUCUACCAAAUAUGUUGGUGUUCUGACUUACGCAAUGAUUGGUGUUGCCGUUGGAGCCAACUUAUGGCAGUUGCUUGAUAUCAAGGCCGAUCUCAACAUUAGAAUUUUCGCCAGACAUGUUGUUCAAAGGCUGAACGGGCUCAUUUUUGCGCCCUUCAUUCUUUACCUUUUUUGGUUUUGGGUUCAUUUUAGCAUUCUUGUUAACUCGGGCGUAGGUGAUGCUUUCAUGUCGCCAUUGUUUCAAGAGACCUUGAAUGAUUCACCGCUGGCCAGAGAGGCCAAAGACGUCAAUUACUUUGACACUCUAACAAUUAGACACAAGAACACCGACGCGCUUCUUCACUCGCACCCUUCGCUUUACCCACUUCGCUACGAAGAUGGUCGUGUCUCUUCGCAAGGCCAACAAGUUACAUGUUAUUCUCACGCCGAUGUCAACAACGAAUGGGAGAUCUUGCCAACAAAGGAACUAGAUGGCAACGUCGGUCAGGCAGUUCGUUUGGAUGACGUUGUGAGAUUCAGACACAUUUCAACGAACACUUACUUACUUGCUCACGAUGUUGCUUCACCACUCUACCCAACCAACGAAGAAAUAACAACUGCCUCUGAGGAGCAAGCUAACGGCAGCAACUAUCAUGAGACUUUGUUUCGUCUGCAACCCGUCGAUAAAAAAGAUGCCAAUUCCAUCUUGAAAACGAAAGCAUCCCUUUUCAGAAUUGUUCAUGUUGACACCACAGUGGCUCUGUGGACUCACAACGAUGUCUUUUUGCCAGAAUGGGGCUUCAAGCAACAGGAGGUCAACGGUAACAAGAAAAUUAUUGAUCCAGAAAACUUGUGGUUCAUGGACACUAUUAUUAACCUUGAUGAGGCUAGAAAAGUAUACGUUCCAAAACCGGUGAAAAAGCUUUCUUUUUUCACCAAAUGGUCGGAGCUUCAAAGACUCAUGUUUGAGCACAAUAACAAGCUUUCAUCAGAGCAUCCAUUUGCCUCGCAACCAGAAUCGUGGCCAGGUUCGUUAUCGGGUGUCUCUUUCUGGACUAAAGACGCUGAAAGAAAGCAGAUUUUCUUCAUUGGAAACAUUAUUGGUUGGUGGUUCCAAGUCGUUUCCAUGGCGCUUUACAUCGGAAUCAUGAUGGCAGAUGUCUUGGCAAGACACAGAGGCAUUUUUCCUCUUAACAAAAUGGCGAGACAAAAAAUCUAUGCUCCACUGAUGUAUUUGUUUGUUGGAUGGCUAUGUCACUACUUGCCAUUCUUCUUGAUGAACCGUCAAAAGUUUCUACACCACUACUUACCAGCCCACUUGAUUGCUUCCAUGCUUGCUGCCGGCAUCUGGGAGAUGAUUUUUACGGAUAAUAAGUCCUUGGAUUUUAAUAAUGAUGAAGAAGAUCCAGCGAAUCAAUAUGACGAAAACCCUAGAAUCAACUAUGCGCUGCUCUGGGCAUUCUUUGUGGGUGUAACCGCAUCCGUGGUAUGGUUUUUCGCGUUCUACUCUCCGUUGGUUUAUGGAAAUGUAGCACUUUCACCUGAGGAAGUUGCGGCCCGCCAAUGGCUGAACGUGAAGCUUCAUUUUGCAAAAUGA